GCGGGCGGCGGGCGCGCCAUGGCGGCGCGGUGCUGGGCGCUGCGCUGCUGCCGCUGCCGCCGCUUCCAGGUGCAGCAGGCCAAGCGGAGCGGGAAGUGGAGCUGCAGCGUGUGCGGCCAGCGGCAGGCGCUGCAGAAGGUUUACGGCCAAGGGUCUGGCCAGGACUGUAGGCGCCAUGUCCAGAAAUUAAACUUGCUGCAGGGGGAGGCAGAGGAAGCGAUUGGUUGGACGUCUUGGUGUGUGGAAGGCUCUGUAAAUGAUAACCAAACUAUAGAAGCCCAACAUGAAGGCAGUUCGGUCCAGCAGGAGGGAAGGGCAGAAGGCAGUCGCUGGAGUAAAUAUCUGGACAAGGACAGUGAAGAUCAAGGAGAUGGGGAGGAGGAGGCAGGUACAGAAAGGCAACAGUUCUCUUCACAGAGGAAGAAAGAACCAAGGAAACACCAGAAGAGCUUCCUCUCUAGUGACGUUCAGGAGUAUGCAGAAGAAAAAGGAGCUUUCCAGCUUGUCUACCAAGCCAAAAAGCACAAGAGCUGUUCAGUAGCAGUGCCACAUCAAGAAGAUGGAGAUGCUGUUUCUGGAGACAGUAUGGUUCCUGCUGUCUGUGAGUCCAUAGUGCCUGAGGAGAACACAGAAACCCCAACUCCUUGUACCAAACCCUCCAAGUGGGAAAAGUUUCUCUCAUGUUCUGACAACUGUAGUGAAAGAGCUGCCAAGGUGACCCUGUCACCACGGGAGGGCAGUGGAAGGCUGGGGCCAGGCAGCGCCGCUGCAGCAGAUGCUGCCACAGCCAGCAAGUGCUCGGGACAGCCUCGAAGAGUGCUACCUCAAGAUUCUACGCUGUGCUGCUUCUAGAACCUCAGCUACUCUGGCUCCACCACCAUCACCUUGUUUACCAGAGCAUCUCCUCUUACCUUCUGCAGCAGGUGGACCGGAGGCCGCAGAACUGGCUUGGGCUUGUUCAGAGUUUUGGCACGGAGCUGCAGGGCCAGGAUAGCCCCAGCAGUGCAUCCAUGGGAAGGGGGGGACACCGUGCCGCAUCUUACGGAGCCAGCGUCCUCGGGGAAGCCACUGUAAGGAAACAGUCAUGUUCAUGUGACUCUGUACACACAGCCAGACCCUACCUGGAGCUUACGACUUGUAACACUCCAUUCAUCAGUUCCCCCGCCCCAGUUUCCUCACCUGGAACGGAUUCAGCAGCGGACUCUGAAACAUCACCAUGUUGUGCUCCUUGUGGAUGCCUUUACCCUCACAGGUGCUGCAGAGGUCAUAGUCUGGGCAGACAGUGCACUUGAACCUGGCCCCCACCACGGGUCCCUCGCAGCCAUCGCAGAUGACGUUGGGGUGCACCAUGUCACGGGGGGGCUCCUGGCUGCACUGCGCCCGGUGCUCCCGCCGGCACUCCUUUUUCUCUAUUAAGGAAAGGAAACUUUGCAUCAAGAAUGAGGUUACUAUUUAAAGGCUGGAAAUCAGGCAGAGGAGAGGGAAGCACAAACGGCCCUUGUCAGAGCAGUAUUGACUUACUAAGUCAGUUUAUUUUUACACUGGCUGCCAAACACAAGCUGGGGGCAUGUAAGAGAACGUCAACCAAGUGCAAAGGGGCUCUGCAAAGAUACCUGCUCCUCUGAGCAUGCCAGCAAUCUUGUGGCAUGUUCAUUUGAGAUUAGUACUGCACUACCCCAUUUGGCUUCUUGUCCCACCUUUCCUAAGUAGCCCCAGAACAGAAUGUUUUUGGAGAGGGAGUCGGGAAGUGCCAGGAGGCAUAACAUAACAGAUCAGGACAGGGACCUGUGACUCAUUAGGUGAACUCCAGGUAAAGCUUUGAAGGUAUCUAUGUGAAGAAUAAGGCAGAAUUAAGGCCUCCUAGCAUGCUGUUGUGAAUAUUAAAGAUAGCAGUGCUAGCCUUGCAUCUGCAAGGAGCCAGUACAACUGUGGCUUGCACUGGGCCGGCUGAGACGACAGCACUAGGAGGAAACUUGUGAUCAAUUUACCCCCUCAGAAGGGAGGAUUUAUAUUCUGAUGUUAUCACCCUGCCCUUUGUUUAACCACAAAAGCUGCAGGCUGCACUAGGCCCUUCAGGACAAGGGAAAAGCCCGGGGUUUGUGUCUCAGCGUCAGAGCCCUGCCCAGAGAGCUCACAGGCUGCUGCCAGAGACCUGCUACCGCGCUUCGGGGCCGGGCGGCCUUACCCUUGAUGUAAACACGAAGUACGCCGUCCUGCACGUAAGGCAGCGCCAUCUCUAGCUCCUCGUCGGUGGAAAACGCGACCAUGUCUCCGUCCUCAUCUAGAGAGGGCAAAGCAGACCAUCAGGUGUCCGCACGGGCAUCCCUUGUCAGGGGGCGGCAGGGAUACCCCGGCUGCUGGGCAGCUCCCUGCCCUGCACCGGCGGCGGGUCGGGGCCCUGCGGCCCUCCCUCCCACCCCCCGGGGCGCGGAUCGCGGGCCCCGACCCGCCGCAGGUGUGGGGCCGGCGCCGCUCGCGGAGGUCCCCCCCACCCCCGCUCACCCUUGUAGUGCAUGCGGAAGGCGGGCGGCGGCCCGGCCCGCAGCAGCCCCUGGAAGAGCUCUGAGACGCGGUCAUAGAUGUGCUGGUAGCGCACGGGCGCCGUGAGGGAGAAGCGGCGGAUCUCGCGGGCCGCCUCCUCCUUGCCCAGCAGGUAAGCUUUGACGGUCAGCGCCGCCAUGCCUGUGGCGCAGCACGAAUUACCGCCGGGGGACGAGCGCAACAGGAGCGGAGCGGCAGCGGGAGCGCGGCGGGCGGGACCCGGCUGCGGCGCCGCCGCCUUAUAGC